GCUCAGAAGAAGCAGCUCUUCCUUCUCUCCUCCCCUUUAGCCUUCUCUCUUGCUCAACUUGUUUCUGACUUCCUUUUAUGACAGCAGGCUGAGCAGCUGAACAGGAUCGGUGCUUGGGGUUUCUUUUAUCUCUAACGUGAUGGAUGGAUAGGUAUUGGGCAGAUUGCCUGGCACCGACAUUGGGCAGCAUGUCCCACAAGUGGCAUCGGUUUUCGGACAUGCCCCAUAUAACCGUGAAACUGAUUGGACUUUUCCACUCGGAGGAGAAAGAUAAAGAUAAAGAGAAACUGAAGGAACGGGAUAAAGACACCAAGGAAAAAGACAAAGAUAACAAGAUACUAAAUGGCCAUCUCUUCAGUGCCAUCUCAACCGUGGGUCCCAUCAGUUGUUACCACUGUCUCAAGCCCUUCAACAAAGAUUCAUUCGUCUGUGCAAAUUGUGGUGCCAUUGUCCAUAAAAGCUGCAAAGAAAGUGUGGCUGCUUGUGCUAAGGUCAAAAUGAAACUCCAGAAAAACCCAAGUGGUCUUCAGCCUCACGAUACUUCUUCAUUGCCCACAGUAAUUAUGAGAAAUAAGAGUUCUCAGCCAAAAGAGCGACCCAGAUCAGCGAUUCUUGCUCUUGAUGAGAACAUAACGACUUCAGUGUUCAAUAGUAGGCGAUCCCAGCAGAACCUGUCCCUUUCAAAGAGUGUUUCCAUUCAGAACAUUGCUGGAGGUUCAGAUGUUGCAGCUAAAGAUCGUGCAGCCUGUAGAGGGAAGGUUGGCAUUUCAGCACCACAGCAGUUUGCUCUUACGAACGACUGGAGAGGCUCUGCAACAUUCACCCGCCCCUAUCCCCCCUAUCAAGCGGUUCGGCAGCAAAAAAUGCAGACCGGAAAUGUGCGUGAAUGGCUUGAAGAAGGCUUCAGCGAUGAGAAGGAGAUCUACGAAUUCCGUUGA